AGUCAGUUUUCGGUCGGCCUUUGUGUGCGUCGUUACCCGAUUAGUCAUCCUCGUGUGGAUGAUUUCGGUCGGAAAAGUUUCGUUUUUCGCAUCGAAUGCCUAGAGCCACAACAACAAGGUGGUUCCUGAAACAAUGGUAGAAACACUUUCCAGUGAAAUAACGCGCAGCCAGCAUGAAGAAGUCAAAGUUGCACGCGAAAACGCGACGCCACGGUAUAUUCGAAACCCUAGCCAAUUCCUUAAAGACAGUUUUGUGGCCUGUGGCAAACGAUUUUAAUGCAGCUCCUGCGAGGAGUUGGAUUGAAGCAACUUUUCAUAAGAGGGAAUGUUCCAGAUACAAGCCCACAGCUAAGGAUGAAUCAAGAUGUUGCUGUGGACGUACACUAGAACAGCACAAAUUCCUAACGGACCCCAAUCCUAUGGCCCCGGGGGAAAUAUGGUACCCCAGCAGAUGUACCGUGGCUCAUCCUACUGAUGCUUAUGGUACUUUGGAAUUUCAAGGCGGACCUCAUCCUUCAAAAGCACAAUACAUAAGAGUUGCUCACGACACAAAACCCGACCACCUUAUGCAACUGAUCUCCCGGGAAUGGGGCCUGGAACUGCCCAAACUGCUCAUCUCGAUCCAAGGCGGCAAGGCCAACUUCGAACUGCAACCGAAGCUCAAAAAAGUACUGCGCAAAGGACUGCUCAAAGCCGCCAGAUCGACAGGCGCUUGGAUUUUUACCGGAGGGACCAACACAGGAGUAACAAGACACGUGGGAGACGCACUUUUAUUGGAACGAUCGCAACGAACUGGCCGAGUAAACACUUUGGGCAUCGCCCCUUGGGGCAUCGUCGAGAAUAAUCAAGAUCUAAUCGGGCACAAUACCGAAGUUCCCUAUCAUUCGAUCUCAUCCCCAAGAUCCAAAAAUGCAGCUUUAAACAACAGACACGCAUAUUUCCUUCUCGUAGACAACGGUACUGUAAGCAAAUACGGAGCCGAAAUUAUCCUACGAAGAAGAUUGGAAAAAUACAUAUCAAAACAACGACUCUAUCCUUUCACUCAAAGCCCAAUUCCAAUAGUUUGCUUGGUAAUUGAAGGCGGUACCAACACAAUAAGGGCAGUACUGGAAUACGUAACCGACGAUCCACCAGUGCCUGUUGUAGUUUGCGAUGGAUCUGGAAGAGCUGCUGAUCUCAUAGCUUUUAUGUGCAAAUAUGAAUGCUCAAUGUUGAAAACAAUGAAAGAAUACAUCAUAGCAACAAUUCAAAGAGCAUUUGAAGUAGCAGCCGAGUUGGCUGACGGCCUGUUUAGUGAAUUGAUGAUGUGUGUUGAAAAUAAACAUUUAAUUACAAUCUUCAGAAUAGCCGAUAAAUACGAUCAAAAACCGCAAGAAUUAGAUCAAACCGUUUUGACUGCCCUUUUCAAAUCCCAACACUUGUCGCCCACAGAACAACUGAGUUUGGCCUUAACUUGGAACCGAGCCGACAUUGCCCGAUCAGAAAUUUUCAUUUACGGCCAAGAAUGGCCUCACGGAGCAUUGGAAGAUGCUAUGAUGAAAGCUUUGGAACACGAUAGAUGCGAUUUCGUCAAAUUACUGCUCGAAAACGGAGUCAGCAUGCGUAAAUUUUUAACGAUACCAAGACUGGAAAAUCUCUACAAUUCGAAACAAGGGCCUAGCAAUACUUUGCGGUAUAUUUUGAGGGAUGUCAGGCCUCAUAUUCCUGCCGGAUAUGUUUAUACUUUGCACGAUAUCGGCCUGGUUAUUAAUAAGUUAAUGGGAGGUGCUUAUAGGGCAUUUUAUACUAGACGCAAGUUCCGUCCCAUUUACGCCAAAGUAAUGAACAAAGGACAAAAUAUGACGAUGAAUGCGGCUUCGGCGCGACAAUUCGGUGCUAUGAGUCUAUUGGCGGGGGCUUUGCCUUCUAGUGCUAAUCCUUGUCUGUUCGAUUAUCCUUUCAACGAACUUUUGAUUUGGGCUGUAUUAAUGAAACGUCACAAAAUGGCUCUACUAAUGUGGCAGCACGGAGAAGAAGCCCUGGCCAAAGCCUUAGUCGGUUGCAAAUUGUACAAAGCAAUGGCCCACGAAGCGGCCGAAGACGACAUGGAAACCGAAAUCUACGAAGAAUUACGAGCUUACGGCAAGGAAUUCGAAAACAUCGCCUUGGCAGUUUUGGAUUAUUGCUACAGACAAGACGACGAUCAAACUCAGCAACUUCUAACUUGCGAACUUCAAAAUUGGUCGGGGCAAACUUGUUUGAGUUUGGCUGUGGCGGCCAAUCACAGAGCUUUACUGGCUCAUCCUUGUUCGCAAAUAAUUUUAGCUGAUUUAUGGAUGGGUGGCCUAAGAACUAGAAAAAAUACUAAUAUUAAAGUUAUUAUGGGCCUUAUAUUUCCCUUUUACAUAUUCAGGCUUGAAUUUAAAUCGAAAGAAGAGCUACAAUUGAUGCCUCAAACAACUGAGGAACAUUUGGAAUUGGAAAAUGAAGAUGAUGAUAAGUCGGAUUCGGAAAAGAAUCCAGACGGAGAGGCCCUCCUUGCAGAAAACUUCUUAGCCAGAGAAGCGAUAAUCCAUGAAAAUGGGAAAAUCAUAUCUGAAUACGACGACAGCAACAAAUACCAUAUAUUUUUCACCGACGUUUACUCAGACAAAAUGCCCAAGCAACGAGAAUUGAGAGUCAAAAAGAAAAUGUACGAAUUUUUCACUGCACCUAUUACCAAAUUUUGGUCAAAUUCGAUUGCCUAUUUGGUGUUCCUAUUUCUGUUCAGUAACACAGUAUUGGUAAAAAUGAACGAUAUGCCUUCUUGGCAGGAAUGGAUGUCGAUAGCUUUUAUAUGUUCCCUUGGCUGUGAAAAAAUUCGGGAAUUGUUUUCGUCAGAACCGGUGGGAAUCACUCAGAAAUUGGCCGUUUGGAGUUGGAACAUGUGGAACCCUUGCGAUAUGGGUGCCGUCGUUAUGUUUUUGAUUGGAGCCACUUUAAGAUUCCAAAAAAGUACAUUCGAUGAAGGCAGAGUCAUUUAUUGCCUAAACAGUAUUUACUGGUACUUAAGAAUUCUCAAUAUUCUAAGCGUAAACAAAUAUUUAGGUCCAUUGGUAACGAUGAUGGGCAAAAUGGUGAAAAACAUGAUCUACUUCGUGGUUUUGUUGCUUAUUGUUUUGAUGAGCUUCGGAGUUUGUCGGCAAGCUAUUUUGAACCCGAACGCCACUCCUCAUUGGAAAAUAGCUAGAGAUGUAUUUUUGGAACCAUAUUUUAUGUUGUAUGGUGAAGUAUAUGCUGACAAAAUUGAUCCAGAGUGUGGAGGACCUCAUCAAGACGCUUGCGUUCCUGGUAGAUGGGUUGCCCCAGCAAUUAUGUCCGUGUAUCUUUUGGUAGCUAAUAUUUUACUCAUCAAUUUAUUAAUUGCUGUUUUUAACAAUAUAUUCAAUGAGGUCAAUUCCGUUGCUCAUCAAGUUUGGAUGUUUCAAAGGUUCACCGUUGUCAUGGAGUACGAACAAAAACCCCUUUUACCUCCACCAUUUAUUAUUUUUUGCCACAUAUUUUUACUAAUGAAAUACAUUAGACGAAAAUUGGAAGGCAAAGAAGAAAGUUAUGAUAACGGGUUAAAGUUGUUUUUGGAUCGGGACGAAAUGGAACGGCUGUACGAUUUUGAAGAGGAUUGUGUGGAGGGUUAUUUUGCCGAACAAGAAAAUAAAUUGCAACAAUCUACUGAAGAAAGGAUUAAAGUGACUACUGAAAGAAUUGAACAUCUUACACAGAAAGUGGAAGAUAUUCAUACGAAAGAAAACAUGCAAACAACAGUUUUGCAAAACCUUGAAGUACGUUGCAGAAAAUUCACUGAACAACUUACAGACAUUACAAACGAAUUUGAAAUGAUGAAACAAUUAGUUCACAGGCAACAAUUGAAUCUUGUUACCCCACAAACGACACUAGUUGCUCAAGAUUCAAGAGAAAGGAGCGUGAGCGAAAAAUCCGAAGUUUUCUCAGAAGACGAGUCAUCAGUUCUGGGACAAAUGUUGGCAGCCAAUUAUCCAAAUAAGAAGAAACCUAUUGUACGGUCUCUCACCGAAGUAAGACCGGACGCUUUUAUUUUCGACAACGGACAGCAUAUCGAGUAUAGGUUUUGUGAAGACGCCGAUACAAGUCAAGAUAAAAAGGAACAACUUGAUAAUAUUUCUGUAGCAGGUAGUAGAUCAAAAUUGAAUCUUCUCAGACAAAGGACAAAGAGUACCGAAUCCAAAACAUCCUUGGAAAGUGAUAGGAAUUCGCUGGACAUUUCCGCAGACGACAUUGCUGCGCUUAGCUUGGACAUACUCAGAACCAGAGCGGCUCAGAAGCGCAGAGACAGCGAAACUGCUCGCAGAGGAUCCGAAAGCGGAACAGGCGAAGAAUUAUCAACAUCGUCAACCAACAAACCAACAUUGGGCAGACGCCAGUUCUCGCAAACCCAAUCGGAACCGGAAACUACAGAUUUGCCGCCUUCGGCUUCGGGUACCAUUCCUCAUCAGCCCUCUUUCGAUCGUAGCGUAACUUUUACGGAACCCAGAAUCAAAGUUAUACCGCCGAGUGGAAGGAGUAGUAUUUUGAUGCAUAUGCAUUCGGAGUAUACAAGUAUUACUGAUGAGUUGGAGUCGGUUUGUGGAUUAUUGAGUCCGCCCAGGAGUCCGGGACUUUUGAGUCCUCCGAGACCCGAACAAUCACCACCGAAUUCAAGAAAACGCAACGCAUCCGAAAUGUCCAACCCGGAAAUAGCGAUAAACUUUGAAAAAGAGCAUCUCCGUAGUGCAGAAGAAUCCGACUACAUGGUAAUGGAAAAUCUCAUCCAGAGACGUUACGAGCACGAGCUCGAAGAAGAAUCCGAAGAAACUGAAAAGGAAGAUUUGGGCGAGGGAGGCAGUAGCGCCCCUACAUCGAAAAAUCCGGCCUUGUUGAGCGUAGUUGCUGAAACUAGAGAGUUUAGGGUGAAUUCUUGGCCAGGAAGACAGCAAACUCUGAAACGAUCUCAGGCAGUUGACAGUGACUCACCCUCUACACAGGGUCUAGGUUCAAGUUCCAAUUCUUCGACCGAUCGUCAAGAUUCGACCGAGUCCAAGUCGAGCGGCGCUUCGGGUGGGCUACAAACGGCACUUAAAAGGCCCACCAUUGUCGUAGAUUCGAAAAAUUUGCCCACUUUGCGUCAAAAGGCUGAUUCCGAUAUUAGUUUACACAUGCAAUCUGAAACUAUGUGUUAAAUUCUGUAACCAUUUUUGCUUUAAAUUUUUCAAUUUUCACACCCCAUACUUCUUUUACGACAAUAAAAAUAAUCAAAGUGAAUUGUGUAAAAUAAAAAUAUGAUUCUUCAGCUUGUUAUUGAACAAGUACUUACUUUAUUAAUAUUAAAUUUAGGCGAAUUUAUUCAAUUACUAUUGUGAUAUUUUUAAAUAAUUUAUAAUAACUUAUAGGUUUUUAUUUUUUUUAAUUAAUUUAUUGUUUUUGGGAAAACUAUGCUUUGCAUAAUUGACAAUACCCAAAAAAUUAUGUAUUGUGUUGUAGAGCUCAAAAUUUUAGUGCUCAAAAGGAAAAUCUUUGUAGCAAUAAAGGUUGUGUGUGUAAACUUUUUUCAUACCUAUCUCUCAAUAUUGUAAUCAUUAAUUAAGAAUUUAUUGUAGAAUUUAAUCAUAUCUGCAACAAAGAUGAAAAAAAAAAAAGGAAUUUUACCACUUUAUAUAAGUACAAUAAUAAAUCAAAAUAAUAUUGUAAAAAAAGAUGAGCAUAUCACAGAAAACUUUAUGUUUGGAGCAAAAAAAUAGUAUAUAUUUUGAUUGUAGUUUAGAAAAAGAAAAUUUCAACAAUCUAGAUUUUAAUUAAUUGUAAAAUGGAUAAAAAGGAAUUUAAAAUAUAAAUAAAUAGGUAAUAAUUA